AUGGAUAGCAUUCUUCGCCAGUCCAAAGCCAUGUGCCCUUUCCUCAAGGCCGCCUCGCCUGCCACUCUUCGCGCCUUGUCUACCUCGGCUCGUCCCAGGCCUUCUCCAUGCGGCGGCACCAUGUCCAAGCUUCAGGUUUUUGCUCACCGCUGCCCCGUCAUGGGAAAGGCCAUGGCUGUUCAGUCUGCUAGAAACAGAGGUGCUGUCGCCACUGGACUUCGUGCCCUCGCUGGCCAGGCCAAGGCCGACAAGGCCCGCAUCCAUACCAGCCGCGCCCAUGAGGCCCGGGCUGUCGACGCCCCGAUCCUGGAGAAGCGUGAAAAAGGCUUGGCCCAUGGCCAUACCGGAUCGGUUGGCAAGUUCAAUUAUGAAGAAUUCUACACCUCCGAGCUGGAUAAGAAGCACAAGGACAAGUCUUACAGGUACUUCAACAACAUAAAUCGUCUGGCAAAGGAGUUCCCACGUGCCCACAUGGCCAACAAGGACGACCGGGUUACGGUUUGGUGCGCCAAUGACUAUCUUGGCAUGGGCCGAAACCAACGAGUGUUGAACAAGAUGAAGGAAACUUUGGAUGAGUACGGUGCCGGUGCUGGCGGUACUCGAAACAUCUCGGGCCAUAACAGGCACGCUGUUGAACUAGAGAGCACCCUCGCCAAACUUCACGCCAAAGAAGCUGCCUUGGCCUUCAGCUCUUGCUACGUCGCAAACGAUGCAACACUUGCGACCCUCGGGAGCAAGAUGCCCGACUGUGUCAUCUUGUCGGAUAGUCUGAACCACGCGUCCAUGAUUCAGGGUAUCCGUCAUUCAGGCACCAAGAAGGUCGUCUUCAAACACAACGACGUUGCAGACCUCGAGGCUAAGCUUGCGUCCCUGCCUCUCCACGUGCCAAAAAUCAUCGCUUUCGAAUCUGUGUAUAGCAUGUGCGGUUCUAUUGGUCCAAUUGAGAAAAUUUGUGACCUGGCCGACAAGUACGGCGCCAUCACAUUUUUGGACGAGGUGCACGCCGUGGGCAUGUAUGGGCCUCACGGAGCCGGCGUGGCUGAACAUCUCGAUUGGGAGGCCCAUGAGAGAGGAUCGCCUCGAGGCACCAUUAUGGAUCGCGUUGAUAUCAUCACAGGCACUCUCGGCAAGGCUUACGGCUGCGUCGGAGGCUACAUUGCCGGCAGCUCCAAGUUGGUUGACAUGAUCCGAUCUCUGGCUCCAGGCUUCAUCUUCACAACCUCGCUUCCGCCCGCCACCAUGGCUGGCGCCAAGACGUCCAUCGAGUACCAGAUGGAGUACGCUGGCGAUCGGAAGCUGCAGCAACUGCACACACGUGCUGUCAAGGAAGAGCUCAACAGUCGGGACAUCCCAGUCAUUCCAAACCCAUCUCACAUUAUUCCCAUUCUGGUGGGUAAUGCCGAGUUGGCCAAGGCGGCAUCUGAUAUGCUGCUCCGGGACUACCAAGUAUACGUGCAGUCGAUCAACUAUCCCACGGUUCCCGUUGGACAGGAACGGCUCCGCAUCACGCCCACGCCCGGCCAUACCAAGGAAUUCCGGGACGAGCUUGUCAGAGUCAUUGAUCAGGUCUGGACCCGUCUUGGAAUCAAGCGUACCUCAGAAUGGGCCGCAGCGGGUGGGUUUCUCGGAGUUGGUGAGCAGGGCAAGGUAGAGGAGCCUCUUUGGACAAACACGCAGCUGGGCGUUGAGCAGGCAGCAAAGGAGAUCAUGGCUACGGGCCGUGGCUUCAAUGGUGCGGGCUUCACCGAGACACUGCUUGAGCGAGAGAUGAGAGCUGCAGCGCGUACUCCUGGCGUCGCGGCUCACUGA